AUGAGCUCAACUGAUCAAGCGGAGGAGCAACCUCCAUUACAGCCAACAGAGGAACCUUCAGGAGCUGAAAAGGAAACAAAUCAUGUCAACAGAGACACCUCUGAGACUACAGAGGACGAUGCUUUCAAAACCCUCAAAUAUUCCCUUCUGGGACCAUCGCUACUAAAAGCAGGACAAGAUACAGUUGAUCAAACAAAGGUUUCUGAAAUCAUCUACAACGCUUCCAAAGGAUCCAAAUUCUUCAAUCGCGAAGAAGAACGAGACAAAGUCCUCACCCAAAAGAUCGAACAAAUUAUCGCGCGAAAGGCUCAACUCGAGAAGAGGGAUCUGACUCGAGAUUUGCGCAAUGCAGACCGUCUGAUUGCCGAACUUGAACUCACUCGCGACCUCACUCAGCACAUCGUCCAUGUGGACUGUGAUGCAUUCUACGCAGCUGUGGAGCAGCUCGAUCAGCCGGAAAUAAAGGACCUCCCUUUCGCAGUUGGUGGCGGUGUUCUGACCACUUGCAACUAUGUUGCGCGCAAGUUCGGCUGCCGGUCAGGCAUGGCUGGCUUCGUGGCGAAGAAAUUAUGUCCAAGCUUGAUCUUGCUAAAGCCAAACUUCCAGAAAUACAAUGCAAAAGCGCAUGAGGUGAGAGAGGUUCUGGUUAACUACGAUCCCCGGUUUGAGAGCGCUAGUAUCGAUGAGGCAUACCUGAACAUAACCGAAUACUGCCAGGAACACCAGAUGGACCCAGCGGAAGCUGUUGAACAGAUGCGGCGAGAAGUUCAUGAGAAGACAAAUAUCACAGUCUCUGCUGGCAUUGCUGCUAACGCAAAACUCGCAAAGAUCUGUUCAAAUAUGAACAAGCCCAAUGGGCAAUAUGUUUUAUCUUGCGAUCGGCCAACAAUCAUGGCCUUCAUGCGCGACCUACCUACCCGAAAAGUCAACGGUAUAGGGAGAGUCCUCGAGAGAGAACUGCUAGAGAUUGGUAUCAAGACUUGUGGUGAUCUCUACGAGCAUCGAAAAUAUCUCAAUCCACUUUUUGGUGACAAAACCUCAGAGUUCCUGUUCACAUGCUACUUAGGUCUUGGUCGAACCAAAAUCCAACCAGCAGAAGAGUAUGAGCGCAAAAGCGUUGGCACGGAGAGCACAUUCCGCGACAUGUCGGAUCCUACGCAGCUGAGAGAAAAAUUACGAGCAACAGCAGAGGAGUUGGAGCAGGAUAUGAAGCGCGCUGAAUGUAAAGGCCGUACACUCUGUCUUAAAGUCAAGCUUCACACAUUCGAGGUCUUCACUCGGCAGGUCGUCCUACCAAGAGCUAUAUGCCUUGCAGACGACUUGUACAACUACGCUCUGCCUAUUCUCACGAAGUUGGAGCAAGAAAUGCCUGGCAUGAAACUUCGGUUGAUGGGUCUGAGAUGCACACAUCUUGUCAGUACCAAAAGGCCUGAUGCCAUGGCCUUCUUCGGCUUCCGGCCCCGAAGGACAGACUCUGAAGACCGCCCGCAAGACGGUACCCUGAAAAGAAAAUUGAGUGAUGGUGACGGAGAAUGGGAACAGUGGCCAGGAGCCGAUCUUCAACUUGACGACCCGGAUGGCCUGCUUGAGGGCUCUUCUAGUAACCAGGACACUCCAGAUCAAUCGCCAGGUCGAAGACACGGCAAGGAGAUCGCCCCUAAUCCUACAAAAGAGAACGCUGAAGAGGAGCAGUGGUGGGACUGUCCCAUUUGCAGCAGACCGCAAACGGCCGACGAACGGCAUUUCAAUGAACAUAUAGACCUUUGCCUGUCGAGGCAGACAAUUCGUGAGGCUGUACAGGCAGAUGGCCCGUCAAUAAAACGUGACCCGACGCCCGAAAUGAAGAAGCCACGGAUGACAGAGAAGAAGAGAGGGAAGCCGAAGGUGCCUGACCCAAAGCAGAGACAGUUGUUCUUUGGAUAG